AUGUGUAAUUCUAUAACAUUCAUCAUUAGAUGUUAAUCAGUUUAUGAAGGAUAAACAAAAUUCUUAAGCAAUACAAGUAAGAUUAUUAAUAUGCUAAAUUAGGGUUUGAAUUGUUAAACUAGGAUAAAAGUCAAUUUCUAAUUGAAAUCAUAAGUCAAAAAUAACACGAUUUUCAGAAAGAACUCUAAUCAAUUUUGA